AUGGACGAUGCCAUAUCUUCGAGCACGCCCCUCUUGGAGUCUGACCAACAUGGAGUGAGCGUUGGUGGCUCUCAGCAUGGUACUUUUCCAUCUGACUCCCAAUUUCACGAUAACCGGGUCCCCAAUGUGAGCCCUAGCCAGCAGCUUGAUAAUUGCUCCUUGGCAAACUCAUGCCAAAAUAUCCGAGGUGACGGUAUUUCCUCGGCCCCCUGUCACGCAACGGCCGGUAAGUCCGCGACAAUGCAACUUGCCGAUGUACACGGCGUGAAGAAUCGCCGUAUUAUGUAUUUGGCAUACUAUGUCCCAUUCCUAAAUUGGAUUACACAGUAUCGUUGGCAGUAUUUACGCGGCGAUUUUAUCUCGGCAUUAACUGUUGCCUCUGUUUAUAUCCCUCUUGGUCUUUCACUCGCGUCCAAUGUUGCCCAUGUCCCCGCAUUAAAUGGACUCUAUUCUUUUGUUUUCCACCCUUUGAUGUACGCGCUCCUUGGGAGCAGUCCUCAGGUUGUGGUCGGCCCCGAAGCACCUGGUUCCCUGCUUGUGGGGACGGUUGUUCGAAAUGCUGUGGGCAAGGGGAAAUCCGUCGACGAUGAUGCCAUUGCUAACGCUCACAUCGCCGGAAUAGUAACUGGGAUGGCUGGUGCAAUGAUUCUUGUCGCCGGUUUGACCAGACUAGGUUUUCUUGAUAACAUUCUUAGCAGACCGUUCUUACGGGGCUUUAUUAGUGCUAUCGGUUUCGUGAUUUUUGUUGACCAGCUUAUUCCAGAGAUGGGCUUGAAUAAACGCGCGAAACACGAGGGCUUAGCCACACAUGGUAGUAGUUGGGAUAAGUUGUUGUUUCUGGUUCAAAACGUGCACUAUGGCCAUGGUUUAACUUGUGCUGUCGCAUUUGGCAGCUUUGCCAUAAUAAUGGUGUUUCGGACGUUGAAGAAAUAUAUGGAGCCACGAUUUCCAAGUGUCGUUUUUUUCCCGGAUCAGCUCAUUGUUGUAAUUCUCUCCGCAGUUCUAACCUGGAAAUUCUCAUGGGAUGAAAAAGGCCUCGCUAUUUUAGGAGAUAUUAAGGGCUCUGGAAUUCCUACAUUUGCGUUCCGUUGGCCAUUCAACUGGGAACACCUUCAUCAUAUUAGAACUGCGAUGAGCACAUCCUUCAUUAUUUCUUUACUUGGUUUUUUCGAAUCGUCAAUCGCUGCCAAGGGACUCCGAAGCACUCAUCAAGGUGCCAUCGAAGGCAUGACAUAUAGCCCCAAUAGAGAGCUUGUUGCCCUCGGAUCCGCUAAUAUUCUUGGUGGUUGCUUCAUGGCACUGCCUUCUUUCGGAGGUUACGGAAGGAGUAAAUUGAGUGCGGCAACUGGCGCAAAAACACCGAUGAGUAGUAUGUUUUUAUGCCUAAUAACAGUUAUCUGUAUCGUUUACCUGCUUCCUUACUUUUAUUACCUACCGAUGGCCGUCUUAUCUGCCGUGAUAUCAGUUGUAUCGUGGUCCCUCAUUGAAGAAUGCCCUCAUGAUAUUGGGUUUUUUAUUCGCAUUCGGGGUUGGUCCGAAUUGAGCCUCAUGCUUCUGAUUUUUGUUUCAACCGUCUUUUACUCUCUGUAUGUUGGAAUUGCCUUAGGCAUGGGUCUUUCCAUCUUGCAAGUAAUUAGACAUGCCACAAAACCACGUAUCCAGAUUCUAGGCAAGGUUUCUGGCACCGACAACCAUUUUGAAAAUGCAGAAUUACACCCAGAGCGAGUUGAAUUCAUCGAAGGCUGUUUGAUUGUGAAAAUUCCCGAGCCACUGACUUUCGCGAACACGGGUGACUUGAAGAAUCGUCUAAGACGCCUUGAAUUCUAUGGCACCAAUGCUGCCCAUCCUGCUCUUCCUCGUCUUCGAUCUCCAGAAAAUAACCGGAAUAUGAUAUUUGAUAUUCACGGGGUGACGAGCAUCGAUGGCUCAGGUAUCCAAGUCCUUUCGGAUAUUGUGAAAGAAUAUAUUGAUCAAAAUGUCAGGGUUUUCUUCUGUAGAAUUCCACGGCCGGAAAGUGACGUUUUUCGUCUAAUGGUCAAGAGCGGCAUUGUGGAAACCUGUGGAGGGAUGUCGCAUUUUGUGUCAAGCGUUGAUGAAGCCUUAAAACUGACAGAGACACGAUAUAUUGACGAGCAUUGA